CCGGAGCCCCGCGCGCCCGGCCCGGCCCCGCACAGCACGAUGAAUCUGCGUUCUGUAUUUACUGUAGAGCAACAAAGGAUAUUACAGCGUUAUUAUGAAAAUGGAAUGACAAAUCAAAGUAAAAAUUGCUUUCAGCUCAUAUUACAGUGUGCACAAGAAACUAAACUGGACUUCAGUGUAGUCAGGACGUGGGUUGGCAAUAAACGAAGGAAGAUGAGCAGCAAGAGUGCUGUAGACUCUGGAGGCACUCCCCCAGGGACUGUCCCUACUAUUCCCUCAGUACCUCCGGAAGCAGCAGUUAGAAAUGUGGUAAAUAUUGGUCGAUCCCAAAGUCAGCAAACUUCUUGGACCUCUUCUAAUAAUGAUGUAAUAGUUACUGGUAUAUAUAGUCCUGCUGGUUCAUCUGGUAGGCAAGGAUCCACCAAGCAGACAAAUGCUUCAGUGGCAGAAAUACAUAAAACCUCUAUUCCACGGCUACCAGGGAAAGGUGAUGCAGAGUUUCAGCAGCAGCACAUCCCUAUAGGACGACAAGUACCACAUUGUAAAAAUGCUUCCCUAUUAGUAGGGGAAAAGACUAUUAUUUUAUCUAGGCAAACAAGUGUACUGAAUUCUGCGAACUCCAUCUAUAGUCACACUAAAAAAAGCUAUGGUGGUUCGUCAGUCCAGACUGCAGAGUUGGUGUUACCUCAGAAGCCGAUGAUAUGCCACAGGCCCUGUAAGGCUGAACCCAUGGGAUGUCAGCGGUUACAAAAGCCAGACCAUGCAGCUCUCACAUCACAUGUGCCCCCUGGGCACAGAGCUGCCACCAGGGACCCUUCCUGUAGCACCCAAAACCUGGAAAUCCGUGAAGUGUUUUCUCUGGCAGUUACAGAUCAACCUCAAAGAAUGGUGGGAGGAAGCACAGCACAGAAGCAUUGCUCAGUGGAAGGCACCUGUCUCUCCAUCGCGAUGGAAACUGGAGAUGUGGAUGACGAAUAUGCUAGAGAAGAGGAGCUGGCAUCCAUGGGAGCACAAAUACAAAGCUAUUCAAGAUACUGUGAAAGCACCAGUUCUGUUCGAGUAGAGAACCAAAGUGCAGCCUUCUCUGGGCCAGGAAGAAAUGUGAGCUGUAGUUCACAGAUGGUGAAUGCCAGGGACAUGCCUGACAAUAUUCUGUAUCAUAACAGAGACUACCAUUUGCCUGCACGGACCUCAUUACAUACAACAUCCAGUACGUUAUAUAGCAGUGCUAAUCCAUCAAGAAGUACCUUUUCUCCUCAUUUUACAACUUCAAGUCAACUGAGGCUGUCACAAAACCAAAAUAAUUACCAGAUUUCAGGAAACCUUACUGUGCCUUGGAUUACAGGUUGUUCCAGGAAAAGAGCAUUACAGGACCGCACACAAUUUAGUGACCGAGACUUAGCUACCCUAAAGAAAUACUGGGACAAUGGCAUGACCAGCCUGGGCUCAGUCUGCAGAGAGAAAAUUGAAGCUGUGGCCGCAGAAUUAAAUGUUGACUGUGAAAUAGUGCGGACUUGGAUUGGGAAUCGAAGACGGAAAUACCGUUUAAUGGGGAUUGAGGUCCCACCCCCUAGAGGAGGUCCUGCUGAUUUCUCUGAUCAAUCUGAAUUUGUUUCUAAAUCAGCACUUAAUCCAGGAGAGGAAACUGCUACUGAAGUGGGGGAUGAUAAUGAUAGGAAUGAUGAAGUAUCAAUCUGCUUAUCUGAAGGAAGCUCACAAGAAGAGACAAAUGAAGCUCUUCAGAAUGAAGAAAUCGGUCACAAAGAUGAUGACCAGAAUCCCGCAUCGACUGAUAAUGUGAAAAUAGAAAUUAUAGAUGAUGAAGAAAGUGAUAUGAUAAGUAAUUCUGAAGUGGAUCAAAUGAGUUCUCUUUUGGAUUACAAGAAUGAAGAAGUCAGAUUCAUUGAGAAUCAGUUGGAGAAUCACAAACAGAAGUAUUUUGAACUACAGACGUUUACUCGGAGUUUGAUACUUGCUAUUAAAUCAGAUGAUAAAGAACAGCAGCAGGCACUGCUCUCAGACUUACCUCCUGAAUUAGAAGAAAUGGAUUUCAACCAUGCAUCCCCAGAGCCUGAUGAUACCUCAUUCAGCUUGUCGUCUUUAUCGGAGAAAAACGCCUCAGACAGUUUGUGACUUAGUUGGGUUUUAACUGACAAAUAAAGAAACCCCACGGAACGUGCAGGUUUCAAGAGAGCAGCAUUUUGCUAUCCAGUGUUCUUCAGUCCAAAAAGAGAGCCCGCGGUGAAGUAGACCUCCCUGAAGGAUGACUGUAGUACACCAUGGCUACAGUUUGCACUGUCAAGAGAUUGUGAAUGUUGGUUUUGGUAAAUGAAAACUGUGUGAGGAAAGGUUUUGCUUUUAGCAGUUUGGCCUUGAUUAGGGUAACUUCUGACUUCCCAGAAUAACUCUUGCUCUGUAGCAAAGUCUUUUUGAGUAGGGAUCUGAGAGUGGAAAACGAAUGUCCUGUGGUACAGACAGCUAAUUCAGAGUUGCUUACUCACCAGUCCUGUUCAUUGGUUUUUUCCCCCAUUUUUACUCAGGUAGGUGGACUAAAAAUUUGGGAUCCAAAUAGAAUAAUGAGCUUUUUAGGACUUAUGCUUUGAAUCCUUUUGAACAUCUGAAAUGAAACUGAAGUGGUUUU